GGGAACAGAAGAGAACAAAACAUAGGGAUAAGGAAGGUUGAAGAAGAAGCAUGACGAAGAAGGGGAAGAAGCAAUUGAUGUCAUCGGCGCCGUGGAGAGGCGAGGAGAGUGAAGAAUCCUUCAAAGAGGGAAAGCUGAAAGUGACGAGGCAGGGUGAUGGCACUUCCACCAUGCACGUCCCUGCCUCCAAGUCCAAGCAUCAUCACCAUGACCUCCACGACGACCUCGGAAUCGAGAUUGAUCCUGAACUACGCUACAGCUUCCAGCGCAAUUUUCAGUUUCUUCAGCGUGUUUUUAGCAUUGACACUAUGGUGAAACCUCUUCCUCCUGUCAUGGCAUACAAUGUCUCUCGCAACUUGAACUUCUUCACUCGCAUUUUCACACAAUUCUUUGAUCCUGAAGGUAUUGCAAAUGCCCAGAAAUCCUUGGGCAUAGGACAGGAAGAUAAAGUUCGCAAAGUUCGUUGAAGACAAUGGGGGAAGCACAAAAAAGAAUGUGAAUGGAAAAAGGGAAAGAACUUAGAAGAGGAAAUAGACUUAUCUUUAUGUUUAACCCUUUCCUGAUUGAUCACUCGUGGUAUUGUUUAACUCUUAAUUUUCAGUUAUAUAUAUUACAAAUUGAGCAGCAUGACAAUUUGAUUAUUUCAUUAUCUUUACAAAAGCUAGAGAUCCUUGAGAA